UGGUUGCUCAGAAAGUGGGAGAUUGCCAGUCCAACUGUCCACCAGUUUGACCUACCCAGUUGAAGAACUUUGCAAGGACAAGCAGAAGAUGGGACUCUCCACGUAUCUCUGCCUCUGUUGUCUUGGAAUUUUGGUCACCAAUCCUUUUUUGGGAGCCAAGGCUGAGUCAUGCCCCAGGCAAUGGUUGCAGAAACAGGGGAACUGCUAUGGAUAUUUUGAUAGAAAACUGAAUUGGGAAGAUGCAGAGGUUGAGUGCCAGGCCUAUGGCCGCGGAUGUCAUCUCGCCUCUGUCCUCAGUAAAGGAGAGACCAUGUUGAUGUCCACACACAUCAAAGACCAACAAAAAGUACUUAGCGAUGUCUGGAUUGGGCUCAAUGAUAUCUCCGGGAAAAGGCGAUGGAGGUGGGCUGAUGAAUCCACCUACAACUACAAUGCCUGGAUGCCACGCCAGCCAGACAACAUUAAAAAUAUUGAGCACUGCGUGGAGCUGAAGUAUUCAAGUGGUUUUAAAAUGUGGAAUGAUGUUAGAUGUGACAAACUAAAUGCCUAUAUCUGUAAGUACGAACUGUAGAGCCAUCUGGAUUAUAGUCGCUGGGAUGCAACUGGAACCAACCAUGAAAGACCAGCAAAUUUGGUAGAUGCCAUAUUGGUUUUCCUACCUCUGAAUUGUACAGAACGACAUGCCAAUUUUGCCCAUCCCUGCCCACAUUUCCUCUUAGAAUAGAUGACUUCAUCACUUCCCAGUUCUCCUGA